UCUGUCAUUUCCUUUACAUACCCAUCUCCCUUCCCUCUCUUUUCCCCCACACUUCCACCUCUCUCUUACUCUGUCAUCUCCUUUUCCCUUUAAAUACCCAUCUCCCUCCCCUCCCUUUUCCCCCACAUUUCCCCCUCUCUUCUUCAUCUCCUUUUUCCUUCAAAUACCCAACUACGUUCCCCAACAUCUCUCUCUCUUUAACUCUCUCUGUCUCUCUCUCUGGAAAUGGGAAAAUACGGGUUGUUUGAUCUGGAGAGGCAAUACGCCUUCCACGGAGCGUACCAUAGCAACCAAGUGAACACAUGGAUACACAUGUUGUUCAUUUGGCCAAUCUUCUUCACUUUUCUUGUGCUGUUCUACUUCACCCCUCCUCUCUUUGAUUGCCCUUUCCAGAGUUGCCUUGGCCUCGUACCAAAUUUUGGGCUUCCGUUCACCAUGACAUAUGUUGUGUACUAUGUGUGUUUGGAUAGGAAAGCUGGUUCUUUGGCUGCUUUCCUCUGUUUGUUCUGUUGGAUUUCUGCUAGUCUUCUGGCUAAGCAUCUUGGGUUUUCUCUGGCUUGGAAGGUUGUUCUGGGGGUUCAGUUAUUCUGUUGGACUACGCAGCUAAUUGGCCAUGUUGUUUUUGAGAAACGAUCGCCACCUCUGGUAGAGAACUUUGCUCAGGCCCUCCUGAUGGUUCCUUAUUUUGUAUUGCUCGAGGCUCUCCAAUCGUUCUUUGGCUAUGAACCGUAUCCAGGGUUUAAUGCAAGUGUGAAAGCAAGGAAAGAUGCUGAAAUCCAAAACUUGAAGGACGAUAAAGAGAAGAAAAUCUCAUAAUUUGAUCUUGUUCAUGUUAAGUGAUCUGAACUUCAGUUAAGGCUUUUACAAAACAAUAUUGAGAAAAGACAUUGGCAUGUACCUUUUCAUACUGUGACCCGUUUGUCAUAACUAUAUGGUUGAAUGUUCACCUAUCUUCUUGCCA